ACAUACCUCGAAUCUCGGUAAAAAAUUGGAAAACACAACUUCCCGAAUAAGUUGGCGUUCCCACAAUUUUGCUUUGUUCAAAUUUUUUCCUCGAAAAAACAAUUUGCCGCCUAUUCACAUGCCCCACCGAGCACAAGUCUGAAAAAUGGAAUUUUUUAGACAAAUCAGUAGUAUGGCUACCAUGUAUCUCGUCACUGAGCUCUGCUGCUUGACAGUUGCAACAUUGAGCAUGAUUGUUAAUUCUUAUACAAUUUAUUGCUUUUGGAGAAAAAAGAUCCCCUGUGCCGAAAACCUUCGCCUCGCCUUGUACCUAGCCAUCGGAGACCUCGCCUACGCACUUGCUGCCCUAAUUCAUGUCGGGUACCUUGCUAUCAACUGGUCAGAUACCUAUUUGGACUACGACCCAUAUGUCAUAAUUUUCACAAACUCUUUUUUACCAGCCACUUUGAAAAUUAUUAUCGUGGUUAGUUGUUCGAUGGCGCUGGAUCGAUGUUUGGCAAUUUUCUCGCCGGUUUUGUAUCGCCAACUCAGUAAAACCUACUUUGCAAAUUGCUCAAUGGCCGGUGGGCUCUGUUGGUUUUUAUUGGACUUUUUGGUUCAAUUGCUUACAGCUCCAUAUCAAAAAGUUCCAAAUUGCGCUACAAUGGCGUGUUUUGUGAAUAAGCAUUUUUUGAUGUAUGUCAGUUACUCCAAUACGGCUGCCGGAAUCUUCAUAGUCCUCAUGAGCAUUUGUGUUUUCGCGGGGAUCCGAAAAAUUUCAACUGGCGUUGCGGUAAAUACAGCCUCCAAAACCAGCAAUCUAUUCCAGCAAGCCAACCGAAUGACUGCCGGAAUUCUAUUUUGCUCUUUAUUCUUUCUAAUAGUUCCGUCAUUUCUGAUGACCGGGUAUGAGGAAAUUACGGGUGUUAACCUUUUCUCGGAAGUUGGACCUUUUUAUAUUUGUGCGAUUUUGAUCAAUGGUUUCUCUGACGGUCUAGUAUUUCUGUUAAUCAACUGGAAACAAAUCGGAUCUCAGGGUCAAAAGGUUUCAUCAAUGAGCGCAAAAAGCACAAUGGCAGUGAUUCCAAAAACAGUGCAAUAGAACAACCGAUGGGUAUUCUAUUCCAAUUUUUUUUUAAUUCUACAAGUCUAUGUAUAUUAUUAAACAAGAAAAUUAAUAAACCCUAUUUACAAUAUU